CGUGGUUAUUUAUCUGUGUGACUAUUUCUUUGGUCGAGACUUGUUGACGCAUUCUUCCCAAUAGCGUCUUCGUCUAGGCUUCUUCUCUUUCUCUGUCAACACGACGCAACACUGCUGCCCCCGCAGGCAAAAUGCGAAACGACAGCUUCCAUCUGAGCUGGUCCCCGUUACGUCACGCGCUCGCCCUUCCAACCCCGGAAGUGUUGCGUUUGCGUGAGCGACGUCAAAUGUCGCGGACGAGCCGUGCCGCCGCAGUUGACGUCAUCGAGCUCCCGUCCUCCACGGCGUGUUCUGGUUCGGCGGCGGACGGGAAGCAGCGGCCGCGGUGCUUUGUGGGUCCGCCGCCGUCGCUCUUCCGAAGGGUCGCGAGGGAGCGCGACGUCAUGGCCGAGCUGCUGCAGGUGCUCGACGCGGCCGAGCAGGCGGACCACCAGCACCACCUGCACCACCGCGACGUCGUCCGCGGCUCGGCUCGCUUGCCGCUCGGGCCGGCCGCCGUCCGCUCGCCGACUUCCUCCGAGUCGGCCGACAAGCCGCCGCCGCCGCCGCCGUCGCCGGGGCCGGGGCCGGGGCCGCUCGGCUGGGUGCGCCUCAACGUGGGCGGGACCUACUUCGUCUCCACCAAGCAGACUUUGUGCAGGGAGCCCAAGUCGUUCCUGUUCCGACUCUGCCAGGACCACCCGGACCUGGACUCCGACAAAGACAGCACAGGGGCCUAUUUGAUUGACAGGGACCCCACCUACUUUGGACCAAUCCUCAAUUAUCUCCGCCACGGAAAGCUGAUCAUGGACAAGAACCUCGCUGAGGAAGGCGUUCUCGAAGAGGCGGAAUUCUACAACAUCGCCUCCCUGGUGCGUCUGGUGAAGGAGCGCAUAAGGGACAACGAGAACCGCACGUCGCAGGGUCCCGUCAAACACGUCUACCGCGUCCUGCAGUGCCAGGAGGAGGAGCUGACUCAGAUGGUCUCCACCAUGUCGGACGGCUGGAAGUUCGAACAGCUGAUCAGCAUCGGCUCGUCCUACAAUUACGGCAACGAGGACCAGGCGGAGUUUCUGUGCGUGGUGUCGCGGGAGCUCAACAACGCGGCCAACGGCGUUGUCAUGGAGCCCAGCCAGAAGGCCAAGAUCCUGCAGGAGCGAGGCUCACGCAUGUGACCACGCCAUCCGAUUGGAGCACGGAUGCCGGUCAUCGUUCCAGGCUACUUCCUGUCCCGUUUGGCGGGAAAAUACCUGUCAACCGAGGUGGGACGCUUCCCAUUGGAUGUCCAUCACUUCUGUUUCCACAGGAAGUGACGCGUGGUGGCGUCUCUUGACUUCCCGUCUCGCUGUCACGCGUGCAGUUUGACCCUGGCAUAUCGUCGCAUGUUGGACGUUGGCCCCGCCCCUCGCCAUCAUUUGGUCACGUGGCAGCAAAGGUGGAGCAGCGUGAACAAACACUCGCCCAGUUUGGCCAAUCACGUCGCAUUUUCAGCUUAGUAAAAGUUCAUCUCUACGCUUUCGGACGAUAACGGUUGGACGCCAACUUUCUGGAUCAGUUCGUGACUUUGAUGUUACUUGCCGCAUUUUUAAAAUGAGCAUCAAAUGACAUUUGAAAUGCUAACAUGCUAGCAUUAGCAUGCUAUGUUGCCAACUAGCAGCGAGCUGUCGAUGUGACGCGUGCAUGUGCGUGUUUGUCAGACCUGAUUAUCAUGCUAACACAGCGACCAGCACCGUGCUAGCAGGACGCUCUCCGCUUAGCAUGAUAGCAUGUGUUAGCAUUGCUGGCCACUGAAGAUAGGAGGAGACAUCGUUAGAUGUUAACGGUUAAGAAAAAAAAUACAUGGCGUUACAUACAGUAUAUAUUUACAAAUACAUCUAAUAUGUAUGUGGGUUUCAUAAUUGUUAAGACACUUGUAAAAAAAAAUUGUAAUUGCCUCAGUUUUGUUUGUUAAUCUCCCAUGCUGAAAUAGUCACGCUAUAAGUCCUAUUUUGGACUAUUUAGAAUUUUCGACCAUAACAGUAAAAACAAGAGAUACAUUAUAAAUAAUAAAAACAUGGAAGUCCAAAUCAAAUGUCAUCUGAACAAGAUCUUGUAAACUUGUAAAAUAAUAAUAAGCAAUGAUAACAACUUGCAUUCUUGCCACAGUUUUGCCGAGAGAACCCACUGACAGAGCAAAUGGUGGCGGCCCACUCAAAUGCACCUCCGAACACGGAAGACAAAAAUGGUGUCAUUUGCACAUUGGACGUGUUGCCCUUCAAACUCUUCAGAUACAAGUGCAUAAAUGAUCCUAACUACUCACGAAAACGACUCUUCAUACCAUCGUAAUAACAGGAAAGACACUUGGACAAAUUCAUUCAUAUCUGCAAAAUAACAUUGCUUACUUUGCUGUCUGCUAUUGCGUCAAUGCAAAAUGGCUUCCUCAUCCUGGCACUUCAGAUCACAGAUCCCUCCGGUGUAUUGCGGCAACAUCAUGAGGCUCUCCCCAGUGGCGUUCAAAUGCGAAAGACAGCUUACGUGACUUUUGUCAAAAGAAGCAAAAAAAAAAAAGGAACUCUUUGGACACCAAGAUGCAUUUGUGUUCGUUUUCAUGGAAAAGGUAACUCAUUCACUGCCGUCAAUGGCAGUGAAUGACUUUUAAGCAAAAGCAGAAAACUCUGAUCGAUCAAAAAAAUGUCAUUUGCAUCUUCAGAAAUUGUUGCAAAGCCAUCCAUCCAUCCAUUUUCUUUACCGCUUCUCCUCACUAGGGUCGCGGGCUGCUGGAGCCUAUCCCGCCCUAUCUUCGGGCGGGAGGCGGGGUACGCCCCGAACCGGUCGUGAGCCAAUCGCAGGGCACAUAGAAACAAGCAACCAUUCGCACUCACAUUCACACCUACGGGCAGUCUUUGGAGUCUUCAAUGAACCGACCGUGCAUGUUUUUGGGACGUGGGAGGAAACCGGAGCCCCCGGAGAAAAGCCACGCAGGCACGGGGAGAACAUGCAAACUCCACACAGGCCGGGCCGGGAUUUGAACCCCGGUCUCCGGAACUGCGAGGCAGAUGUGCUAACCAGACGUCCGUCGUGCCGGCUCGUUGCAAAUCCUAAAACUUAAUUGGGGACACCUAACGGCAAAGACAUUUUGGCAUUUGAAGUUUGAAAAAUAUUACUUUAGAAUAAUUAUUUUCAUAACAACUGUGAUGUUUUGAUGGAUAACAACUGCCAGUAAUUCUAAUACUCAUAGUAUUACUAGUCAAAUGGAUUGAUUAUUUUUUUUAAUUGAUGAAAUUCGGUGUGGCGUGUCUUUGCCGUUAUUGAUUAAAUGAUAAGAAAAUGGCCCAUGUGCAAAUGUAUACCGUAUGUAUUCAACUUGAUCGGGGGGAGUCGAUGUGUAAAAAUGAAACGUUUGUGUACGAGGACACGAGAGGUUGCGGUGUGUGUGUGUGUGUGUGUCGUUUGGGGGAUGCAUCGGGCCUGCCGUGUCAGUGUCGUGGUGCGUGAUGGGUGUGUUUGUAGGGGGUUCCAUGGCCGUGUGGUGUGUUGAUGUCCAACUCUACUUAUCCUCCACUCGUGUUGUUUGUUAUUGGCUCGACCUCGGGCUAAUCACGCUAACGGGUAAUUAGCCACCGAGCGACCGGCGGAAAGCUCCUGAAGACACGAUUCGACGGUCAUUUGUGUCUUUUACUUAUUAUUGCACAUUGUGUCUGCAGAUGUCUUUUGUUGUCAUGUAACUUUCUCGCCAUAAACUUUGUCUUUCCAAA